AUGAUUCGACGGCCCCCGGGUCAAGGACGAUGGUCCGCUCAGCAGCAGAAGCUCCUCAUAGCUUUUGCGUUUAUCCUCUUACCAUGGCUCCAACUUGCCGACGCUCAGCAGCAGCCUCUGCAGCCACAAAUCCGAAUUCACUCCCAGAGAGGAGAUGUUCCUCUUGACAAACUAUCCGACGACACCAACAACCGUUGGUACUCAGCCCAGGCCGCCCAGGCCGCACAAGACGUACACGCCGAAGCGAAGUUCGACACCAUCAACAGAAAGCAAAAGCAACAGCAACAGCAGUCGACCCCUUUGCCUCCGCAGCAGCAGAAAUAUCGACGGGCCCCCUACGACUACUCCAACAAGGCCCAGAACCGAAAUCAAUCACCAAGCAGAGAAUCUGAUAAAUCAAACUACAUAAAAGUCCCUAGCGAUGCGAGCGCCCUCGCAACUUUAGCUCCGGCUCAGUCCGUUCGAGCACCACACACCUCACGACAACACUGGCCCAGCGCUUCUGGGUUGGCAUCGCCGCAAAAUGCGCGGAGUCUGGAGGACUGGGAAGUUGAAGACUUUGUUCUUCUGGCGACCGUCGAUGGAGACCUCUAUGCCAGCGACCGAAAAACCGGUCGGCUACGCUGGCACCUCGAGGUCGACCAGCCAGUGGUGGAAACAAAACACUACAGAACAAACAAUUCCGUCCUCGACGACGACUACAACCCGGUGGAUCAUUACAUCUGGGCCGUCGAACCAAGCCGCGAUGGAGGGCUUUAUAUAUGGAUUCCAGAUUCCGGUGCGGGGCUCGUUAGAACCGAGUUCACCAUGAAGCGGCUCGUGGAAGAUCUUGCCCCGUACGCGGGCGAGGAGCCGCCUGUUGUAUAUACCGGAGACAAGAAGACGACGAUGGUGACGCUUGACGCGGCUACCGGACACGUCCUCAAAUGGUUUGGCUCUGGCGGCUCUCAGGUUAACGAAGGUGACAGCUGCCUGCGGCCCAAUGCCUUUGACGAAAAGUGUAGCUCUAUGGGCACAAUUACCCUGGGGAGAACCGAGUACACGGUGGGAAUCCAGAGGCGAGAUGGUCGACCCAUUGCAACCUUGAAGUACUCCGAGUGGGGACCGAAUACUUUUGACAGCGACCUCUAUCACCAAUACCAUGCCUCCAUGGAUGGCCAAUACAUCACCAGUCAGCACGACGGCAGGGUUUACGCAUUCGAUUCUUCCCGGACGGAUAAUGACAUGCCCCUCUUCAGCAACAAGUUUUCGUCUCCCGUGGCCCGCGUUUUCGAUGUCUGCCGAUCUUGGGAAGUGACGGUAGAAAGCAACCCAGAGCUCGUUGCUCUUCCUCAACCUCCUAUGCCAACGCGCGACGAGACUAUUGCCAAGAUGCGAAGCAACAGCAUCUUCCUCAACCAGACCGAAGGUGGCAGUUGGUAUGCGCUGUCUGGUCGGGCGUAUCCGCUGAUUAUUGAUGCCCCUAUGGCUCAGAUUUCGCAACGCGACUGGUGGGAGAUGGAUCUCAACAACGCUUCCGAAUUGCCAAAGGCGCUGGUGGGCACUCACUUUCUGAAUCCCUUGCGGAGAGGCGACCGAGAUCAACAGGAAACGCUUCCUGAUGGUCCUUUCAACGAGUAUCAUGAGUAUCACGACGACCUGGAAAGUGAAAACGCCUCGAACAAUGCUCACGCCAUGACAAAUACCGUUUCGGAGGAGCCCACCAUUAUAACCAAAGUCAAGGCUCUUCCACAGAGUGCUGCCAACAGUGUCAUCGACUUCGUCAGCAACCCUGUCCUCAUCAUCUUUUUGAUCGGCUCGUUGAUAUACAAUGAAAAGAAGCUUCGGCGGUCGUAUAACCGAUUCAGGACCCAUGGUACAAUCAAGGAUGUUUAUCCCUUUUUGUUUCUAGAUGCUGAUGCUGGAAACGAAUCUGCUGAUGACAAAGAUGGAGAGUUUUCUUCUCUGCGAACUGUACCUCAAGAUGAAAAGGUGGAAGAAGUGCCUAAACCAAAGGUAGAAAACAAGGCGGACGACAAAGACAAAGACAAAGACUCUCAAGAUCCUUCCAAGUCAUUAGAGCCAAGCGAUAAAGCAGAAGAUAAAGAGUUGGAAGAUGGUUCCAAUGGUUCUGCGCCCGAGAAGAAGAAGAAGGCUCAUAGAGGCCGCCGUGGCGGUGUCAAACACAGAAAGGCUCGGCCUGCUGAUGGCUCCCAAUCGCGUGAUGAUGAAGCAGACCUCACAACAGUAGACGAGGCUGUUAGCAAUGCGAAGAAGCUUGGCGAUCGGCCAAGCCUGGAGCCUGAUGUCAUGACCAUUUACAACGACAUGCAAGCCGUCACUGGCUCCAUUAUCAGCAUGGGUAAUAUCGAGGUUGAUACGGAUGUGGAGCUUGGCAUGGGCAGCAACGGCACCGUCGUCUUUGCAGGCAAGUUUGAUGGCAGGGACGUUGCCGUCAAGAGAAUGACGAUACAGUUCUACGAUAUUGCCACACGGGAGACCAAAUUGCUGCGGGAGAGUGACGAUCAUCCCAAUGUCAUCCGAUACUACUCACAAGUACAGCGCGGUGACUUCCUUUACAUUGCUUUGGAGCGUUGUGCCGCCUCAUUGGCCGACGUAAUUGAGAAGCCAUAUCACUUUGGCGAUCUCGCCAAGGCUGGACAAAAGGACCUACCCGGCGUGUUGUAUCAAAUCACCAACGGCAUCAGUCACCUACACUCGCUGCGCAUUGUUCACCGAGAUUUGAAGCCUCAAAAUAUCCUAGUUAAUCUGGACAAGGAAGGCAGACCCAGGCUCUUAGUCUCCGACUUUGGUCUUUCUGGAACGUCUGGUUGGCGUGCCCCUGAACUCCUUCUCGAUGACGACGGACAGAAUCCUGCGGCCAUGGAUAGUAGUACGCAUAGUGGCUCACACACCAUCCUGGUUGGAGACGCCACCACGCCAAACGGGGGACGAGCCACGAGAGCCAUUGACAUUUUCUCUCUUGGGCUUGUCUUCUUCUACGUGCUGACCAACGGGUCUCACCCCUUUGAUUGUGGUGACCGAUAUAUGCGGGAGGUGAAUAUCCGAAAGGGCAUCUAUGACCUCGAGCCCUUGGACUCACUGGGCGACUUCGCCUAUGAGGCAAAGGACUUGAUUGCCUCGAUGCUCCAGGCAGCUCCCAAGCAGAGGCCCGACUCGCGAGAGGUCAUGGCUCACCCUUUCUUCUGGUCUCCUAAGAAGCGCCUAGCCUUCCUCUGCGACGUCUCGGACUCUCUCGAGAAGGAGGUUCGCGACCCCCCGUCGCCGGCCUUGAUGGAAUUGGAGAGACAUGCCGCGGAUGUCAUUGGAGGAGACUUUUUGAAGGUGCUCACGCGCGAGUUUGUCGAUUCGCUCGGCAAGCAGCGCAAGUACACUGGCAACAAGCUUCUUGAUCUGCUGCGCGCGCUUCGCAAUAAGCGGAACCAUUAUGAGGACAUGUCGGACUCGCUGAAGCGCAGCGUGGGGUCUUUGCCUGAUGGGUACCUUGCGUAUUGGACGGUCAGGUUUCCGAUGUUGUUGCUUACUUGCUGGAAUGUGGUGUAUAACCUCCAGUGGGAGAAUACGGAUCGAUUCAGAGAGUAUUAUGAGCCUGCUGGAUUAUAG